CUCGAAUUAUAUCUGGGCGUAAAAUCCCCCAAUUCUCUUUGACGACGAACGAAGAAAUUCAGAGUCUGGGGAUUAAUUUCGCUAUCAGAUUUGUUCUGUUGUGGAUACUUUUCGUUGCUUCAAUUGAAAGUUUUUUACUUUCUGGGUGAUAAAUUGUGCAGAAGGUUUUGUAAGAACUGAAGAAACAACAAUCCAAUGGAGUGUGUAGUUCAAGGAAUCAUUGAGACACAGCAUGUUGAAGCUCUGGAGAUCCUUCUUCAAGGUCUCUGUGGUGUUCAACGCGAACGCUUGAGAGUUCAUGAGCUAACUUUGAAAAGCGUCCCAAAUCUUGGAGUUGUAUCUUCAGAAGUGAGGCUUCUAUGUGACCUUGACCAACAACCAGAGCCCACAUGGACGGUUAAACAUGUUGGUGGUGCGUUGCGAGGUGCAGGAGCUGAUCAGAUCUCUGUUUUGGUGAGAACCAUGAUCGAAAGUAAAGUCAGCAAGAACGCCUUGCGUAUGUUCUACUCCCUCGGUUACAAACUAGACCACGAGCUUCUCAAAGUUGGUUUCGCUUUCCAUUUCCAACGGACAGCGCACAUAAGCGUCUCUGUGUCUUCGGUGAACAAGAUGCCUAAGAUUCAUGCCAUAGAUGAGGCUGUCCCUGUAACUCCUGGGAUGCAGAUUGUUGUUGUCACAGCUCCAGCAACGCCUGAGAAUUACAGUGAAGUUGCAGCUGCGGUUUCUUCCUUCUGUGAAUUUCUCGCCCCGCUUGUGCACUUGUCGAAACCCUUCAUCUCUACGGGAGUUGUGCCGACCGCUGCUGCGGCUGCUGCAUCUCUUAUGUCGGAUGGAGGUGGUACUACAUUAUGAGAAGUGUGUUAGAUCUUUUGGUUUAAUAUAGUUUAUUUUGUUCACAUCACACAAUGGGAUAGUGAGGGACCCUGAGGUCUAGAGUUCGAACCUGUCUCACCCCAUUUCUACUAUUUUGGCCUUUUGUAUUUUGAAAGAAGAGACAUUGGAGUUUUGGAACUGGUCAAA